CCUGACUUUCAACGUUUAAAAUACCGAAAUUAGACGAUAUAAUAAAUCUGAUUGAUACAUGUUUUUUUGGCUUUUGUAGCACGUAAACAAACGUACCCCACCAUUACCUGUCAGACAAAUACGGGUUUGUUUUCAUCAAUAAUAACUGCGGCAGUGUAAGCUAACAGCAUGGCAGCUGAAGGCGAGAAGAAAUGCAUUCUGGAGAUGGUCCAAGCUGAUGGUUCCGAUGAGGGCAGUGUGACGUUUGUGAUGCAUGAUGAAGACCAUACACUGGGGAACUCCCUGCGAUACAUGAUCAUGAAAGACGAGUCAGUUGAGUUUUGUGGCUACACCAUCACGCAUCCAUCAGAGAGCAAGAUCAACUUUCGCAUUCAGACACGAGGCCACUUUCUCACAGGUACCUGCUGUUCCCCCCCCCCCUCCCCAGAUGGAACUCCAGCUGUAGAGCCUCUGAGGAGGGGUCUAACUGAACUCCGGGAUGUUUGUCAGCAUGUUCUCAAUACCUUUGAGUUUGACGGAAUCUCAUCAUCUGUUGGGAAGCAGCCACCUUGCCGUCCGCCCCUCCCCUUUGUUAGAGCUGCGGCGUGGCUGGUCAUGACGCGCUCUUUCUUGUGGAACAUCAGGAGUCUGAUCCAAAAUGUGAGAAAAUGUUCAGAUCUGAGAGAGAUAUGGGGUGGCUUGGUGGGAACGUCACGUCACAUGCUAAUGUAUGGAAAGGCAUGCUUUAAUGCUUUUCAGUUUAUCGUAGGAGUACUUUGAUGAAGCUUGGGAUAGUCACGAAAUGGAUAGAUACCCUAGUGAGGAGAAGCGGCUCAGAAAAUGGAUGGAUGGAUGAAAACUUUCCGUACCCACUGUAUAUGUGAAUACAUGAUCGGUUUGACAGGAGAACAAACAGAUGAAUUCACUUCACUGUAUAUUCGUCCCUUGCCAUAUGAAAAGAAAAAUAGGCAAGAUAGCAGAUUUUAAAAUCAUACAUAUCUAAUUAUAUAUCGCAGAUUUGUCACCAACUUUUGCAGUGAACAUUUUUCCUCAUGGACUGCUACUGCAGACUCAGUAGGAAAGAACACAAAACAAAAAAACAAUGUCCCAUUUUUAUGAUCAUUUCACACUUAAAAGAAGAUAAAGUGCAAUGUAUCCACAUCAAAGCAGAACUGGCAUGCACAACUGCAUGUCUAGGGCAAUAUAAACAUAAUUCGCAAAUUAAGUAUAGCCUACCACUGCUAGAACAAAUUGGAAUUCCUCCACGGGUGGUCAAGGAUAGACACAGCUGCCGGUGGACUUUCAAUUGCUUUAUUGAACAAACGGUAACAAAAUAAACGCUUAAGCACAUUCAUACACAAGAUGCACGGCCACAACUGACGCCCAGGCACUCAACACGCACACUGGCUAAAAGUUACCCAGUGAAGAGCCCGCUGUUAUCCUGCAGUUAUACAGCAGUCUACUCUACACUCUCAUUCGGUUAUUCCCACAUCACUCAAAAGGUGAGACAGCCCCCCUUUUAAAGCCUCAUACAUUAAAAGUCAAUGAUCCUACAAUUUAGAACGUGAUUGCGGAAGACCCCAAGUGGACAAAGUAAUAACUGCACCUCACAGGCAGAUUUUGUAUUGGUAUUGUGCAUAACGCUUUAAAAUACAGUAUGUAUGAAUGAUAAAAUGGCUAUAUGGUCACUGCUUUGCGGAUUUUCGUUUAUCGCAGGAGGUUAAUCAAAACCGAUAGACGGACUACUGUACUGUCAACUUUCACAUGGAACAAGUUUUUUUUCCCUUACCCAUGUGCCACUCUGCAACUAAAUAUCUCUGUAGUUGACACAUAAUCCUGAUAAUUUAUUAACCAAGAAAUAAUCAUCAUACUGUCCAUCUUGUUAUUCUAUAUUUGCUCUGGCGGUUUAGCAUAAGUUGGUAAUAUUGCAACUUAGCCUUUGUGCUGUGACUGCCUUAUGUAUGGCUCAGGAGUCACAGUUAUCUUCCUUUAGUGUUCGCAAGCACUACUCAGCUAGCCUUGUUUCAACCCAUGACAGGGCCUCUGCCUUCUUGCCCACCCACCGUGUUCACUCAAACGUUAUUUUUGUGUACACACGCACGCACAGUCUGUUUUUUUCUCAUGUGGGUUGCAGGCAGAGAUUCCGUUUCAACAAAAUAUUGUUGU